AUGAAAUUUCUAACUGAAUAUUUCGAUGAAACAGUCCAAGUUGCUCAGCAUGCCAAGGAGGCGCUGGAACUGUCAAAAAUGCAGGAGGUGACCAAACAGCAAGAGUUGAUGGUGAACAUGAAGGCGUAUGAGGCGGAGAUAGAGAGAGGCAAGGUGCAACAGAAACAGGUGGAUGCUGAAGAGAGACGGAAGACUCUGCAGGAGGAGACCCGCCAACAUCAGGCGAGAGCUCAGUAUCAAGACCAGUUGUCACGAAAGAGGUAUGAAGACCAACUGCUUCAGCAGCAGAAGAUUAAUGACGAGAAUCUGAGAAGGCAGGAGGAGUCAGUUGCUAAGCAAGAAGCCAUGAGAAAAGCAACUGUUGAACAUGAAAUGCAACUGCGCGCCAAUUUGGAGAUGAAAAAGAUUCAGGCGGAGAUGGAGGCGAAAGCCAAAGCCGACCGGGAGAACAGAGACAUCAAUUUGGAGCAGAUUCGGCUGAAAGCGGUCGAAAAUAGGGCCACCAUUUUGGAAUCUAUCAAGACUGCGGGGUCGGUGAUCGGGGCUGGAGUGCAGUCGCUGCUGACUGACUGGGACAAGAUGAUGGUGGCGGCGGGAGGGCUGUCACUGCUCGCCCUGGGCGUCUACUCGGCCAAGGGUGUCACCGGCGUCACGGCGCGCUAUGUCGAGGCACGACUUGGAAAGCCGUCUCUGGUGAGGGAAACGUCCAGGUUCUCGUUGUUGGAUAGUGUUCAACACCCAAUAAAAACAGUGAAAAAGCUGGUGAAUAAGCCGAGCGAUGCAUUGGCCGAUGUCAUCUUGGCUCCCGAAUUAGAGGAAAGAUUGAGUCCGCUAGUGUCUGGUCACGCCGCACAAGCGCUAGCGGCAGUUACGUCAAAGAUGGCUGCCUCCACUGGAAUGCUAGUGCGAGUCUGGGAAGUAAUCGACUAUCGAUGGGAUGCAGGAUAA